UUGUUGUAGGUGUAUACGUGGAUCAGCAUUGCAUCUUGUAUGAAAAACCAGUCCUAGAAUCUGGUACCAUGGGCACAAAAGGCAAUACCCAAGUUGUGAUUCCCCAUCUCACCAAGUCGUACUCGUCUUCGCAAGAUCCCCCAGAGAAGCGGACAUUGUUGUGCACAGUCAAAAACUUCCCGAGUGCCAUUACACACACACUGAUUGAGUGGGCUUGGCAAGAGUUCAACGCAAUGUUUGUUAAGCUUGUGGAAUCUGUCAAUCAAUAUCUUUCGGAGCCUAACUACCUCGAGAGCUCCCUCAAAUACUCUGGGCCUGACCCAGAUUGUUUCAUAUCUGGUUACUUGAACAAGCCUUGA